CGUCUGUGGGUUGCUGCUGCUGGAGUAAAAAUUGUUUGACAGGGAGGCGAGGCGACCUGAGCAGGGGGGAUUGAAGGGAGAAGUUAGUUUCUAGUGUGUCGCCGGCAGUUUGCGAGUCAACGGGAAGGCAGCCUGGAGAGCUACAAAUGAUUUGUACCAGUCUAAGCAACAGGGCACGGAGCGACAUGUCAGGGACUGUCUCAGCCUUGAGCGGAGGGAAGCGCGACUAGUACACCGCAACGCGGAAAAUAUUCAGGGGGGAGAAUGCGAAUGGUGCGAAGAUACCGAAAUCAAACAAAAUGGAAACGAUGUAGCGUCGCUGCGGCAUUUCACAUAGCUAGAACUAACGUUAGAGUAGAGAAUAGAUAGCUAAAGGAGCUAGCAGGUCAACUAACAUACAUGUAAAGUUAUUCCCCGGAGAAGCUGAAGCAGAGCCCGGAGGCGUCUGUUGAAUCAGAAGAGUUCACCAGUGUUGCGGAAAAAAAAGAAGAUAAAGAGAGGAAGAUGCUACGGAGAAGGCUGAACCGUUUGCUUGGUGGUGAUGAAAGAAGAGUUGACAGUAGGACAAUCUAUGUUGGUCAUCGGUCAUCUUCCACCACUGAGGCUUUCAUCCCACCCAAAUUCUGUGAUAACAGGAUUGUGUCCUCCAAGUAUACAGUUUGGAACUUUCUACCAAAGAACCUGUUUGAACAGUUUAGAAGAAUUGCCAAUUUCUACUUCCUUAUCAUCUUCCUGGUGCAGGUGAUAGUGGACACCCCCACCAGCCCAGUCACCAGUGGCCUACCCUUAUUUUUUGUGAUUACAGUAACCGCUAUCAAGCAGGGCUAUGAGGACUGGUUACGGCACAAGGCAGACAACGAGGUGAACAAGUACCCAGUGACAGUGCUAGAGCAAGGCCUGAGGAUACGGAAGGAGAGUGAGAAGAUCAAGGUUGGAGAUGUUGUGGAGGUGGAGGAAGAUGAGACCUUUCCCUGUGAUUUAAUACUGCUGCAGUCUAGCCGAGAUGACGACACAUGUUUUGUUACCACAGCAAGUCUGGAUGGAGAGUCCAACCAUAAAACACACUACACAGUGCCAGACACGGAGAAGGACCUGGAAUCUCUCAACGCCACCAUCGAGUGUGAACAGCCACAGCCUGACCUUUACAAGUUCGUCGGCCGUAUGCACAUCUACAAGAAUGAUCAAGAGCCUGCAGUGAGGUCUUUGGGCCCAGAAAACCUCCUGCUGAAAGGGGCAACUUUAAAGAACACUCAGAGAAUAUGUGGUGUUGCAGUUUACACUGGCAUGGAGACAAAGAUGGCUCUCAACUACCAGGGAAAGUCUCAGAAACGCUCUGCUGUGGAAAAGUCCAUCAAUGCCUUCUUACUGGUUUACCUUUGCAUAUUGGUGAGCAAGGCCCUAGUGUGCACUACACUCAAGUAUGUGUGGCAGAGCAAGCCUGGACAAGAUGAGCCGUGGUACAACGAGAAAACCCAGAGAGAGAAGGACACCAAUCUGUACCUAAAGAUGUUCACUGACUUCCUGUCCUUCAUGGUGCUCUUCAACUUCAUCAUUCCGGUGUCCAUGUAUGUGACCGUUGAGAUGCAGAAGUUUUUGGGAUCCUUUUUCAUCACGUGGGACAAGGACUUCUUUGACCCUGAAAUCAAGGAGGGGGCACUGGUCAACACUUCUGACCUCAACGAGGAGCUGGGACAGGUGGAGUAUGUCUUCACAGACAAGACAGGCACCCUCACGCAGAACAACAUGGAGUUCAUAGAGUGCUGCAUCGAUGGAUUCCAGUACAAGUACCGAGACGCAGGCUCAGGCUCAGAGUUGGACGGAUUCUGCGUCACAGAUGGACCUGUGAACAAAGUGCAGGAGAAAGCUGGCAGGGAGAAGGAGGAGCUGUUCCUGCGUGCCCUGUGUCUCUGCCACACAGUCCAGGUGAAGGAGUCCACAGAGCAGGGUCAAAACCUGGGGGACGGACUAAUAGACCAGGUGGAUGGCUUAGGGGUGGAUGGAGAGGUGCUCCAUCCACCACAGGAGCAGAGAGGCUUUAUUGCCUCCUCACCUGAUGAGGUUGCUCUGGUCAAGGGUGCCAUGAGGUAUGGCUUCACAUUUCUGGGUCUUGAAAGUAAAACCAUGAAAAUCCUCAACAGGAACAAUGCUAUUGAAAUGUAUGAACUCCUUCACGUGUUGAACUUUGACCCGGUUAGACGGCGAAUGAGUGUAAUAGUCAGAUCCAAAUCAGGUGAUACACUGCUCUUCUGCAAGGGAGCGGACUCUUCCAUCUUUCCCCGCGUCAGACAGGAGGAGGUCGAAAGGAUACGCAUGCAUGUGGAGCGUAAUGCAACAGAGGGCUACCGGACACUGUGUGUGGCCUACAAAUGUCUCAGUGCAGAGGAGUACGCCCAGGCAGAUGCAGGACUGAGGGAAGCUCGACUAGCUCUGCAGGACAGAGAAGAGAAGCUCAUGGCUGUUUACAACCAAGUGGAGACUGGCAUGAGUCUAAUAGGAGCUACAGCUGUGGAAGACCGGCUUCAGGAAGAGGCAGCAGAGACCAUGGAGGCCCUGCAGGGUGCAGGCAUUAGUGUCUGGGUUCUAACGGGGGACAAGAUGGAGACAGCAAAGUCCACCUGUUAUGCGUGUAGAUUGUUCCAGAGGAAUACAGAGCUGUUGGAGCUGACAGUGCGUACUCUGGAGGACGGAGGGAGGAGGCGGGAGGAACGGCUGCACGAGCUUUUGCUUGAAUAUCACAAGAAAGCCGUACAGGAUGCUCCACCGGUGAAAGCAGGCGUCACCAGGUCGUGGUCUUCAGCAAACCAGGACUACGGUUUCAUCAUAGAUGGAGCCACUUUGUCGAUGGUGCUCAACUCCUCCUCUGAAUCCAAUUCGAGUCGCUACAAGAACCUGUUCCUGCAGAUCUGUCAGAACUGCACGGCUGUCCUCUGCUGCCGCAUGGCUCCUCUACAAAAGGCACAGAUAGUUAAAAUGGUGAAAAACUCUAAAGGCAGCCCGAUCACCCUUUCCAUUGGAGAUGGUGCCAAUGAUGUGAGCAUGAUUUUGGAGGCUCAUGUUGGCAUUGGCAUUAAGGGUAAAGAGGGUCGGCAGGCAGUGAGGAACAGUGAUUACGCCAUCCCCAAACUCAAGCACCUCAAGAAACUUUUGUUGGCUCAUGGGCAUCUCUACUAUGUUCGCAUUGCACAUCUGGUGCAGUAUUUCUUUUACAAGAACCUUUGCUUCAUCUUACCUCAGUUUUUGUACCAGUUCUUCUGUGGCUAUUCCCAGCAACCCCUGUAUGACGCGGCCUAUCUGACGAUGUACAACAUCUGCUUCACCUCUAUGCCCAUCCUGGCUUACAGCCUGUUGGAGCAGCACCUCUGCAUUGAGGUUCUGCUGGACAAUGCUACCCUCUACAGAGAGAUCGCUAAGAACGCAAUGUUACGGUGGGGACCGUUCCUCUACUGGACUUUACUUGGAGUCUUCCACGGCUUGCUCUUCUUCUUUGGUGUUCGAUAUUUGUUCAGCAACCCAGCACUGCAGGAUAAUGGCCAGGUUUUUGGCAACUGGUCAUAUGGAACAAUUGUCUUCACUGUCCUUGUCUUCACUGUCACACUUAAGCUCGCUCUGGACACACGGCACUGGACAUGGAUCAACCACUUCGUCAUCUGGGGCUCCCUGGCUUUCUAUGUGUUUUUCAGCUUCUUCUGGGGAGGAAUAAUAUGGCCUUUCCUGAAGCAGCAACGUUUGUACUUUGUGUUUGCCAACAUGCUGAGCUCGGUGUCGGCCUGGCUGGUCAUCAUCCUGCUCAUCCUGCUCAGCCUACUGCCAGAGAUCCUGCUUGUGGUGUUCCGCAAGCCCCGCGGGCCCCACGCUCGACAGAAGAAUCCGGUUCAGUCGAGCGCGGGGGGCCAGCAGUCUCCCCGGUCUUCAGCCAGGCCCCUGCUCAUGAGAACCUUUUCAGAUGAGUCCAAUACUGUCAUUUAAACAGUAGCUGUCAGAGGGCGGCCUCCUACAAAUAUCCAGGUAAACGCCAGUGAGAUGGAGCUAAUUAACUUCUGUGUCUGUUUAAUGUCCCUGCUGAGCUUCAACAGAUCAGUAGACUUGGCUGAAACUGGGAGCAUACUAAUUUCUGCUUGUCUCUGGUGGCUGGGAAGUUGUCAUUUUUAGUGUUUUUUCUUUUCAUGCCUUGUGCAACUCUGACAAUCACUUUUUAUUGUCUUGAUUGAUGAUUUUUUGCUGAUUUUAAGGCGUCUCUUCCUCUUGUUGGCACAAGCUCACGAUGAAAACCUUGAAGUAAAAUCUGUCUGCUUGUGCGUUUCUAGAUCGCGGCGGUCACACCACUAUCCUACAAGCAUCUGAAGGAGCGCGAGUGAAAGGCAGCAAGGACUCACAACAACAGUGGAAUCAGCCACUUUCAGGGUCCCGUACCAGUCAGGUCAGAGCCGUCUGCCAUCAUGCCUGAUCUGAAACCAAGAGGAGGAAAAAAAAAAAAGAAACAGAGAGAUGUCCUGACUGGGGGGGAAGGGAUAUAAAAGGGUUUCACAGUCUUUGGACAUGUGUCUCUCUGCUCCGUCCUUCUCCGCCCAAUCCCAAAAGCUCCUAACCCCCCAACGCAUGCCUGCAGAGCAGUGCCCUGCAUUAUUUUUUAAAAUAUCUACUCAGAUGACAGGCAUGACUUUUCUUUCUUUUACUUCUUUUAUAAAAAAUACUGUACUAGCUUACAAAUGAAUGCAUACACGGCUGCCUUGUCAGUAGCUCUAUCCAACUGCUGUGUUUUAACAAGCAGUGGUAAUAAUCUCCACUCCAAGAAUGGUUCACCUGCAUGAAAGAAGGCUCAAAAGAACACUUCACUCCACUGAUGUUCAGUCACUGUAAUCCGCAAAGUUUUUAAUUAAGACGUAAUGAUCUCAUUCACUCAAACGGUUACACUUUGAGAGGUUAUUCUACUUCACAGUUAUUUUCGCUUUUCUCAACGGUUAUUCUUUAAACGGUUAUAUGUUUCAGUAAAUGCACUCAUCGACGGGUCCAAAUCAUUUAAGAUGAAAAGUUACUGAAGGUGAUUUCAGACUGUUAGAACAUUUUUUUGGUUUAUAGAUGAUUAUA